AACUUAACUUGAACUUGCGUGUAUUGUGUUUGCUUACUGGUAACUUUAACUUGUGUGUAUUGUAUUUGCAUGUUAGUUACCUUAAGGUUAUUCGAGCAGUCGCGACGCACAUACAUUUACAAUACAUGCUAAAGAAAUACUACACGCUGGCAGACGUGUACUUGAUUUCUCUGAAUUUUUGCUAGUGGGUCAAUCUAACAUAAACCUAUCAAAAAAGCAAUAGAAUAUACACUUAUCGAAUACAUAUACCCCAAUUAGCUACUACACAGUUGAAUAAAACAUCAGUUUCUGUUGUCUCUACGAAACACAUACAUCAUGACAGACGUUGACGCAAUGGAUAUUGACAUCAGUGGUCCGGUCAAGUCGAUUAUCGCGGGCAGUAGCUCGAAAUCCACCAAGAAGGAGUCCAGCAGCCACACACUUCCGUGGGUUGAAAAACACAGACCACUGGUUUUGACGGACAUUGUGGGUAACGAAGAGACGGUCAGCCGGUUGCAAGUGAUCGCGCAGCACGGAAACGUUCCCAAUAUUAUUCUGGCGGGACCUCCUGGUACCGGAAAGACAACCAGCAUCAUGUGCUUGGCCAGACAGUUGCUGGGUGCACAUGCAAAGGAUGCAGUCUUAGAGCUCAACGCCUCCGACGACCGUGGUAUCGACACUGUCCGUAAUCGGAUAAAAAUGUUCGCACAAAAGAAGGUAAACUUGCCCGCUGGCCGACACAAAGUGAUCAUCCUUGACGAGGCCGAUAGCAUGACGGAGGGUGCACAGCAAGCGCUGCGCCGCACCAUGGAGAUCUACUCCAACACAACCCGCUUUGCCCUGGCCUGCAAUCAGUCCGACAAGAUUAUUGAACCCAUCCAGUCCCGAUGCGCCAUAUUGCGAUACUCAAGGUUAUCGGACAAACAAGUCCUGUCUCGAAUUAUGCAGAUCUGCGAGAUUGAGAACGUACCAUAUACACCUGAAGGUCUGGAGGCUAUUGUAUUCACGGCUGGCGGAGAUAUGCGACAAGGGUUGAAUAACCUGCAAUCCACAUACUCUGGGUUUAAAACCAUAACGCCGGACAACGUGUUCAAAGUGUGCGAUCAACCCCACCCGUUGAUGAUAGCAGAAAUGAUAAAGAACUGUGCUGUUGGCGAGCUGGACGCGGCCGUUGAUGCCUUGACCGCAUUAUGGGAUAUGGGAUAUGCUGCCAUAGACAUUGUGACUACAAUUUUCAGGGUGACGAAAACACUUGACAUCCCUGAGUUUUUAAAACUGGAGUUUAUUCGUAAUAUCGCCACAACACACAUGAGAGUAGUCGAAGGGCUGACCUCGUUUGUACAAUUGAGCGGUUUGCUAGCACGAAUGGUGAUAGUCUCGAAAAAGAAGAUGGUAAUCACUUAGAAGCUGCGGGCGUAUGAUGAAUUUGGUACGAAUUUUCCGCUUAUUCGAAUAAUUAAAGUGCCGCGUUAUCAGCGCACACGGCUAUCCAAUAAACAAUAAUACCA